AUGGCAAACGCUCUGGCCGGCGGCGACGGCAUGAUGGGCCAGUUUCCGCUCGAGAACUGGUUCUACGAAAUGCCCGUGUGUACACGAUGGUGGAUGACGGCAGCGCUGAGCGCCAGUAUGCUGGUGCAGUGUACAAUACUCUCGCCCUAUCAACUGUUUUACAGCACCAGAUCCGUCUUCCUCAAGAACCAGUAUUGGCGAUUAGUGACGACUUUCUUCUAUUUCGGACCCAUGAGUCUUGAUCUGCUAUACCACAUUUUCUUCCUCCAACGAUACUCGCGCUUAGUGGAGGAAUCGUCCGGUCGUUCCCCAGCCCACUUCUCGUGGCUUCUCGCGUUCGCUUCCACACUGCUCCUCUGUAUAGCGCCUUUAUUCUCGAUGGAGUUUCUCGGCUUUGCGCUUUCCAGCACAUUGACCUACAUUUGGAGUCGGAAAAAUCCGGAUGCGUCGCUCAGUUUCUUGGGUCUCCUCGUCUUCAAAGCGCCAUACCUCCCAUGGGUACUUUUGUGCUUUUCGCUCGUCCUAUACGGGACGGUUCCAAAGGAUGACAUGUGUGGCAUUGUCGUGGGACACAUCUGGUACUUCUUCAAUGAUGUUUACCCGCCUCUUCACAACGGCCACAGACCCCUUGAUCCUCCAGCAUGGUGGAUCCGUCUUUUCGAAGGCCCGCCUCCACCUCCCGAGGAAUCCGAGGCUGAGGAAAUUAUAGGCCAACCUGUCGACGAUGUGCAAAACCAAGGGGAUUUUCAGCAAGAAGGCUUACGACGUCGGGACAUUAUGCACGAGACAGCCGACGCAGAAUAG